GGCGGGAAACGGCCCACUCCAUCUUUGCCCUGAUUGCUUAUUCCAUGGAAUGUUUAGGGAAUCCCUCUCUCGGGAGAUACCUGAGCCUUCACAUGCAGUGGACUCGCUGAAGUUGGGGGCUGAUGAGAUCUACUUGAGUGACAGGAGAGGUUGGGUCCGACCAGCACCGAGGUGCCAAGACUCCUAGGCUGAUUCUCCUCCUCUGUAACCCUAGGCCUCUGGUCCCUGCCUGCCCCGGUGCUCAUGGAACCUGCUGCUGCCCUGCCCUUCUCCCUGCCAGCCUCCCUCCUGCUCCUCCUCAGCCUGUGUGCACUGGUCUUAGCACAGUUUACUGUCGUGGGGCCAGCUGUUCCGAUCCUGGCCAUGGUGGGAGAAAACACGACGUUACAUUGCCAUCUGUCCCCCGAGAAAAAUGCUGAGGACAUGGAGGUGCGGUGGUUCCGGUCUCACUUCUCCCCAGCAGUGUUCAUGUAUAAGGGUGGGAGAGAGAGAACAGAGGAACAGAUGAAGGAGUACCGAGGAAGAACCACCUUUGUGAGCAAGGACACCAGCAGGGGCAGCGUGGCCCUGGUGAUACACAAUGUCACAGCCCAGGAGAACGGCACCUACCACUGUUACUUCCAAGAAGGCAGGUCCUAUGAUGAGGCCAUCCUGCACCUCGUGGUGGCAGGCUUUGGCUCUAAGCCCCUCAUUGAAAUCAAGAUUCAAGAGGAUGGGAGCAUCCGGCUGGAGUGCAUAUCUAGAGGGUGGUACCCAGAGCCCCUUACAGUGUGGAGGGACCCCUGCGGUGAAGUUGUGCCUGCCCUGAAGGAGGUCUCCACCCCUGAUGCAGAUGGCCUCUUCAUGGUCACCACAGCUGUGAUCAUCAGAGACAGGUCCGUGAGGAACAUGUCCUGCUCUAUCAACAACACCCUGCUCGGCCAGAAGAAAGAAAGUGUCAUUUUUAUUCCAGAAUCCUUUAUGCCCAGCACGUCUCCCUGGAUGGUGGCCCUGGCUGUCAUCCUGGCCACAUCUCCCUGGACGGUGGCCCUGGCUGUCAUCCUGGCCAUUUUCAUCAUCUUCAUGGCUGUGAGCAUCAGUUGCAUCAAGAAACUUCAAAGGGAAAAAAAGAUUCUUCUGUCAGGGGAGAAGGAGGUUGAACAGGAAGAAAAAGAAAUUGCACAGCAACUUCAAGAAGAACUGAGAUGGAGAAGGACAUUCUUACAUGCUGGACUAAUGAAGAGGUCCUUCCCCACCCAGGACAGUGUGUAAUGAGAGACUCACUUAAUGGAUCAUUGAGGGGAGUGUGGUGGAACGACAGGAGAUAAAGCUUCUAUGAUGGUUUCAGCCAAGUUGGAAAGUUUCUAACUAAAGAAAGACGCAGAGAUCAAAUGUCUUGAAUAGAAAAGGGAACAGAUCUUAGAAUACUGAAAAAAAGUGGGAACCAUUAAUUUUGGCUCAUUUCCUGAACUCUCUGGAUUUCAUAGACCCUCGAUUCUUCUCAACCUGAGGGCGCUGUUUCUGUCUCUGGAGAGACAGAAGUGCAGCUGCAGUAAUUCUUAGGGUAUGAGCUGCUUGUAAUCAGGGGCCCUUCAUGGAAGGGGCCACUACAUGCGGAUUCCCCCUGCAGAUAUCUGAGACCUCUCUGGGGAUCAGGAACCACACAAUCCCCAGGGUUCCUGAGACCCCAGGCCUAAACCCAAGACUUCCUCUGCAGCCGAUGUGGUCCUGGACCCAGACACCGCUCAUCCCGAGCUCUUCCUGUCAGAGGACCGGAGAAGUGUGAAGCGCGGCCCAUUCAGGCAGAGCGUGCCAGACAACCCAGAGAGAUUCGACAGUCAGCCCUGUGUCCUGGGCCGGGAGAGCUUCGCCUCCGGGAAACAUUACUGGGAGGUGGAGGUGGAAAACGUGAUGGUGUGGACUGU